UUCGCCGGCUUCUCGGCUAGUCUCAUUCUCUUUCUUUCGAGGACACCGUUACGAUUGCACCAUUCCGGAUCUUCACAAGGCUUCUUUCAACAAUGGCAAGACCCAGGGUUUACUUCGACAUGAUGGCCGAUAAAAAAAGCCUCGGCAGAAUUGUUAUGGAGUUGAGGGCUGAUGUUGUACCGAAGACUGCAGAGAACUUCAGAUCUCUUUGCACAGGUGAAAAGGGGGUAGGAAAGUCAGGAAAACCUUUAUCAUUCAAAGGCUGUUCAUUCCACCGAGUUAUUCCAGGCUUUAUGUGUCAGGGAGGUGAUUUCACCCGGGGUGAUGGAACUGGUGGAGAAAGUAUCUAUGGAGAAAAAUUUAAGGAUGAAAACUUUACACUGAAACACACCGGACCCGGUAUUUUGUCGAUGGCAAAUGCUGGUCCCAACACAAAUGGAUCCCAGUUUUUCUUAUGCACUGCAGCAACAAAUUGGCUCGAUGGUAAACAUGUUGUAUUUGGCUCUGUUGUAGAGGGCUUGGAUGUUGUAAAAGCUAUUGAAGGCUACGGAUCCCAAAGCGGAAAAACUAAAGAGAAAAUUGUUAUUGCUGAUUGCGGAAUGGCGUAAUUUUUGUUAUGUGCUAUUUUUAAAUAUUUUCCAGAAAAAUUUAGUUUUAAAAUCAUGAAGUAAAAUUAAUUUCAUUUUGAAACUAAAACUGAAUAAAAUCACUUUUUUUUUUUUUUAUGAAAAAGAAUUUAAGAUAUCAACUUGGAACUAAUUUCUUGAGGCUUGCCAAAAAAUGAUCGAUAUGGUCUGUCUUGUAUUUUCCUUAUUAAAGUUAUGUUUCCGAUAAAUAUAUGGUUACCAAUACUCUUA